AUGAUUGAAUAGAUUGAAGGAAUAAAUAUAGCGGUGGAAGGAUGCUUUCAUGGAAAUUUUGAUGAAAUAUUUGGGACAAUCAGAGAAAUUGAAAAAUAGAAAAAAAUAAAAAUUGAUUUGCUUUUAGUUUGUGGGGAUGUUCAAACCCAUAGGAAUAAACAUGACAUGUUUAAUAUGGCUUGUCCAAUAAAAUAUUUAUCAAUGGGGACAUUUUACAAAUAUUAUGAGGGAAAAGAGGCAGCCCCUUGUUUAACGAUUUUUAUUGGUGGCAAUCAUGAAGCUUCAAAUUUUUUGAGGGAAAUGUAAUUUUUAAUGUAGAUUAAUUUUAGGUAUUUUGGAGGAUGGGUAGCUCCUAAUAUUUAUUAUCUUGGAGAUUCCAAUGUCAUUUAAAUUAAAAAAGGAAACACCACUUUUCGAUUGGGAGGAACUUCAGGAAUAUUUAAAAUUUUUGAUUUCAAUAACCCUAAACUAGAGCCAUUUCCAUUUAAAAGUGAAUAACUGAGAAAUGUUUAUCAUACAAAACAGAUAGACCUUUUUAAGUUAAGUCUAUAUGAAGGAGAAGUAAAUAUGUUUCUAUCUCAUGAUUGGCCAUAAUGUAAGAAAACUAAAAUAUUUUAUAGAGAUACAUUAACAUGGAUCAACUAAAGAACUGCUAAAGAAGAAAUAAAAUUUUGAGGCUGACAUUAAAUCAGGCAGACUGGGUAGUCAGCCUCACAAAUUCACAUUAGAAAGAUUACAACCUGACUUUUGGUUUGCUGCACACAUGCAUGUUAAAUUUGAAGCUUUGGUCAAACAUAAAACAGGAAAGCAAACCAAGUAUUGAAAAGUUGUCAAUAUCAAUAGGUUUUUAGCCUUAGAUAAAUGUAUAGCAGGAAGAGACUUCCUUCAAGUGUUCACAUAUACUAAGGAUAAGAAAGAUUUAUAUGAGUAGUAUGCUUACAAUGAGGAACCAAUAGAAUUAUUUUAUGAUUCUGAAUGGCUUUCCAUAGUCCAUACUACCUAUAAAUUAUUAACAAUUUGGGAUAAGAUUCCAAAAUUAUUUGAGUAUAAUCCUGCAUUGAAGGAGUAUGAUAAUAUAUAGAUAUACUUAGGUUAUAGAUAAUGAAAAAGGACAAAUAUGAAGAGCUCUUAAAUGAGAAACGUGAAAGAAUGAAAAUAUUUGGAAAUCAUUAACUUAAAAUUCCUCAUAAUUUCGAAGUCACUACUCCACCUUAUGAUGAAUAAGACAACACUACGAAAAGUUUAGUUCCACCCAAGAGAGUUCCCUUGAAUAAUUAAAUGAAGAGCUACCUUAAUUUAUUUAAUGAAUCGGGAUAAGAAUUGAAUGGGUUGAUCUUUUAUGAACCAGAUCAACCUAGGGUAAUUGGAGAGUUCGUUGCUCCGGAUUUUCUGCAAAAGUAGAUUGAAUUGGAAAAUCAUAAAGAGAUUUUAUAAUAAUAAGAUCUUAAGCAGUAGUAAUUAGAAGAACCUUCUUCACCAAAAGAUGAUGAGUUAAAUAUAUAAGACUUUCCAUUUUUAUAAUGA